AUGGCCGCACCGCGAGAGAUAUUCGUUAUAGGCACAAUGGACACGAAAUCCGAGGAGCUGCUCUUCCUCGUGUCGCAGCUCAAACGGUCCCUUACCUCCUUAACCCCUGCGGAACCGCAACACCUCCACCCACACGUGCUCUCUUCUGUCCCACACGGGCCCCCCACCCUCGCCACCGCUUUCACCGCCUGCCAUGAUCUCAUCGCCACUCAUCCGUGCUUGCCCGUGCCUGCCACCAGCCCUCACAUCGCGGUCGUGGCAGCGAUGGCGCCACACCUGCCAUGCCGUGAGGGGGCUGCAAGCCGCCUCACCCUCACUGAUCACACACUGUGCGUUGCCUCUCUCGCUCCCUCCAGCGAGGACGCAGCACGGGUGAGCGCACUGAGGGUGCGCGGGGUGGAGUUGGACGCGCUGCUCGCUGACAUCCGUGCCGCCCCGCGCCCCGCCCUCUCCAUCUCCCACCCCUCCCUGCUCCGCGUGCCACGCAUCUCCCCUGCCUCGCCGCCCUCCGCCACGGUACUUGCAGCGCCCACAGCAGCACUUGCCCCGGUUGCCACCUUCCCCGCCACCGUCGUCAUCGCCCCCGUGGGAGGCGCCUCCUCCACCCUCAACGCACCUGCUGCUGCUCCUGCCGCCGGGGCGGCAGGACCGCGCCGCCCAUUCAAACCGUCACUGCAGAUCGCAGGGGAUGCAGUGGGUGGCAUGGGCGGUGGAGCGCCAGAGUCGCCUGAGGACGGCGCGCCGAUGACGCCGUUUGUGAUCUCGGGCAGCAUGCGACGCCAGCAGGGAGGCGGGUUCCGCGACGAGCAGGGCCGGCUGAGACACCCCGCGAGGAAACCCGGUGUGGCGUCGAUCGCUGAGGGCGUGGAGGGGCCGGGCGACAAAGGCGGUGGGGAGGGCGGGCGACAGAGUAGUGAGGUUGAGCGUGAUGAGGGAGUGGUGGGUGACGGGAUCUCAGAGGGAGAUGCGGGUGAAAAGGCUGGUUCGGAGGCAGAAGAGACAGGGAGUGCGGAGGGCAAGGUGAUAUGUUGGGCGGGGGGGAAGCAGGUGGACGUGCACCGCACAGACGUGGCGAGUGUGGUGUGGAUGCGCGUGCCGCGCGAGUACCAGCUGUGCGUGCGGCUGAAGGUGGGCGCGCGGCUGAAGGCGGGCGGCAAGGUGAAGCUCAACGGCUUUACCAAGGCUGACGUGGACGCACUCUCGCCCUUCUUUGCCUCCACGCUCGGCUUCUAG